CCUAUCACUAAUGGCGCUAAAAUAUGACAUCUAGUCCAGACAAGAGUAAUCGAAUCAAUAAUCAUAGAUGACAGCCGAUAGAGGCGAGUGUUCGAUUACUCUGCUAGUGAAUUUGAUUUCCUUUCGUCCUGCAACAAGAGGAGGUGGUGUACGGAAGUAGCAUGGGAUUGUAUUACCAAGCAACAGAGACCAGCGCAUACCGGCGAAUUGGUAGUAAAUUCUACCAUCGAUUUUAACCACAUUCAGAAAACAAAUGUCAAAUAAGUCUUCGCCCAGACUCUGCAUUCCGUUGUCGUUGUAGUUAUAUUGUGAGAAGUUAUUUUCUGCAUGAAACAGGAUCAAAUCAAGCAGGUUGCUCUGUCAUGAAUACAUUUAAAGACCCACCGUUAGCUGCGACAGAAAUGCACGCGAACAAUCACCAAAAUCACGACUCUCACUGUGGAACCGAUGUGGCCCGUGCACGCUGGGCUCUUCUGCGACAGGUCCUGAAACAGAAGCAGCUGGACAGUGCAGAUGUUCAGCAGGUGUCUGUGCGAAGAUUCUCCUCCUUUAGCCUGUUCUCCAGGAGCAGGGUCACUCCCACAGAGACGGACGAGCCAUCGGAAGGGCAGUGGGUGGAGUACAGAAGUGCAAUCUUUCCUCAGUACAGUGCCUUACUCAGAGACAAUCUUGGUCCCAUUAGAGUGGACGAGGUGCUCAGCAGCUUUGACAACACGGGAAAUGUCUGUGUCUGGCCUUCUGAAGAGGUGAUGGCCUACUAUUGCCUGAAGAAGCGUCACAUGUUUACGGGCUCGGCGGUGUGUGAGCUGGGUGGAGGGAUGACGUGUCUUGCGGGGCUCAUGAUUGCAGUUUGUGCUGAUGUGAAGGAAGUGCUGCUAUCUGAUGGCAACGAGAAGGCUAUUCAAAAUGUGUGCAGUGUAAUCGAGAGGAACAGACGAGAAGGGCUCUUCCUGUCUACCAAUGUGUCCAGCAGGGUGGUGAGAUGGGACAAUGAGGCCGAUGUGUCCGCUCUGGAGGGUUGCUUUGACGUGGUGAUGUGCGCUGACUGUCUGUUUCUUGACCAGUACAGAAGCAGUCUGGUUGAUGCACUAAGAAGAUUACUGCGACCUGAUGGCACGGCUCUAGUAUUUGCCCCUACCAGAGGAGACACGCUGGCAGAAUUCUGCAGACUGGCAGAAAGCGCAGGCCUGAGAGUGUGUCGCUAUGACAACUACGACUCACACUUGUGGGACCUUCACCUGAAGAUGCAGAGAGAAGGAAAGGAGGUGUACGAUGAGAACAUUCACUAUCCUCUUCUCCUCACGCUCACUCACGGAUCCAGUCCAGCCCUGAUCUGAGCUGGGCAAAGCCGUCUCAUGCCAGGCUGCCUUUCUGUUGCCACUGUGUCCUCAGCUCCUGUGUGUGCGUGUGUGUGUGUGUGUGUGUGUGUGUGGGUGUGCCAGAACUAAACAGCCUCUAAUCACACUCCUCAACUCGGAUAACUUUUUUUAACUACCGUGUGUGUGUGUGUGUGUGUGUGUGUGCAGUGAAAAGUGUGUGUGUGUGCAGUGUGUAGGUGAGUUUCCGUGUGUGUGUACUUGACCUGUUUACUGUGCAACAACAGUGUGAUAUGCAUUAAAUGGGAAUGGAGAACACAUCCCUCCCUCUCAUCCUACAAAGACUGCGGAUGUGACGCUCAGAUAUGAACUCAUUCUAAUCAGGUUCGCUGGACUAUCUUCGCCUCUUUACAAAGACGUCUUGAUCAUGAGAUCUUGUUAUCAUAAUGACACCAGCUCUCAGUUAGCUACUGAUUCUGUAUCUCAAUUCAAAGAUUCAUUCUGACACCAAAGGUUAUGAGGGGUUGAGAUGGAUGCUGUUGCACUUAAUGUUAUUUGCUUCACUGUGAAAUGCUUUCACCUGGCAUUUUUUUUAUCGAAGAACUGACAAGAUAUGACAGAUUAGGCCAGACUAAGACUGAAUUGAUGUCUUGACAGCGUCACACUACCACUGGUAAGACCUGCAGCACUGUUCUCCUGUAUGUUUUGAGUGCACUCACUGUGCAUGCUGGACUAAUGGCCUCAUAAAGAGAUGAAAAUGGUGUCAUCAUUUAUCAUGUCUUUUGAAACCCAUUUGAUUUUCUUUUAACCAUAGAAUUUAAAAUGGAUUAUUUGUAGCAGGAUGUCCAAAUUGGUCAUUUCUAUACAAUAAAAGUGAAUGGUAAUCAUAACUAUCGUUUUCAGAGAAUAGCAACUUAAGUUUCAGUCUUUUUUGCACGCAAAAGCUUUAGAGAAUUUAAAAUAAUGUGAAAGCUGGGUGGACUGGGUGCUAUUUUGCCCUUUUUUGGAACUUGACAGCCUCUGGUCCUCAUCCACUUUGAUUGUAUAGAAAAGAGCUGCAUGGACAUUCUGCAAAACUUCUCUUUUUAUGUUCCAUGAAGGAAAGAAAAUAUGUGUUUGGAAGUGACAUGAGGGUGAGUAAAUGAUGACGAUUUUCAAGUUUAAAUUUAAUUAAUAGAUACAGGUCAUAGGAGUUCUGUUUAGAUGCCCCU